GCAUCUGGAUAUGAAGGGAGCCCCAGAAAAGCGGAAGAAUUUAGAGGCACACUGGGUAGGUCUGAAUUUGUUUUGUUUUUAAAAAUUAAACAAAUGAUCCUUCAGCAUCAUCGCCUCCGCUGCUUUAUCAGGUCGCGUAGGGCAUGGAGCUGGAGAACUAUGAACAGCCCGUGGUGCUGAGAGAGGACAACUGCCGCAGGCGCCGGAGGAUGAAGCCGCGCAGUGUUGCGGCCAGCCUGUCCUCCAUGGAGCUCAUCCCCAUCGAGUUCGUGCUGCCCACCAGCCAGCGCAAAUGCAAGAGCCCCGAAACGGCGCUGCUGCACGUGGCGGGCCACGGCAACGUGGAGCAGAUGAAGGCCCAGGUGUGGCUGCGAGCGCUGGAGACCAGCGUGGCGUCGGACUUCUACCACCGACUGGGGCCGGACCACUUCCUCCUGCUCUACCAGAAGAAGGGGCAGUGGUAUGAGAUCUACGACAAGUACCAGGUGGUGCAGACUCUGGACUGCCUGCGCUACUGGAAGGCCACUCACCGGAGCCCGGGCCAGAUCCACCUGGUGCAGCGGCGCCCGCCCUCUGAGGAGUCGCAGGCCUUCCAGCGGCAGCUCACCGCGCUGAUUGGCUAUGAUGUCACCGACGUCAGCAACGUGCACGACGACGAGCUGGAGUUCACGCGCCGCGGCCUGGUGACGCCGCGCAUGGCGGAGGUGGCCAGUCGCGACCCGAGGCUCUACGCCAUGCACCCCUGGGUGACGUCCAAGCCCCUCCCGGAGUACCUGUGGAAGAAGAUUGCCAACAACUGCAUCUUUAUCGUCAUUCACCGCAGCACCACCAGCCAGACCAUUAAGGUCUCGCCCGACGACACCCCUGGAACCAUCCUGCAGAGCUUCUUCACCAAGAUGGCCAAGAAGAAAUCUCUGAUGGAUAUUCCUGAAAGCCAAAGCGAACAGGAUUUUGUGCUGCGCGUCUGUGGCCGGGAUGAGUACCUGGUGGGCGAAACGCCCAUCAAAAACUUCCAGUGGGUGAGGCACUGCCUCAAGAACGGAGAAGAAAUUCACCUGGUACUGGACACGCCUCCAGACCCGGCCCUAGACGAGGUAAGGAAGGAAGAGUGGCCGCUGGUGGAUGACUGCACAGGAGUCACUGGCUACCAUGAGCAGCUGACCAUCCACGGCAAGGACCACGAGAGUGUGUUCACCGUGUCCCUGUGGGACUGCGACCGCAAGUUCAGGGUUAAGAUCAGAGGCAUUGAUAUCCCUGUCCUGCCCCGGAACACCGACCUCACAGUUUUUGUAGAGGCAAACAUCCAGCAUGGGCAGCAAGUCCUUUGCCAAAGGAGAACCAGCCCCAAACCCUUCACAGAGGAGGUGCUCUGGAAUGUGUGGCUUGAGUUCAGUAUCAAAAUCAAAGACUUGCCCAAAGGAGCUCUACUGAACCUCCAGAUCUACUGUGGUAAAGCUCCAGCAGUGUCCAGCAAGGCCUCUGCAGAGUCCCCCAGUUCUGAGUCCAAGGGCAAAGUUCAGCUUCUCUAUUAUGUGAACCUGCUGCUGAUAGACCACCGGUUCCUUCUGCGCCGUGGAGAAUACGUUCUCCACAUGUGGCAGAUAUCCGGGAAGGGAGAAGACCAAGGAAGCUUCAGUGCUGACAAACUCACGUCUGCAACUAACCCAGACAAGGAGAACUCAAUGUCCAUCUCCAUUCUUCUAGACAAUUACUGCCACCCGAUAGCCCUGCCUAAGCAUCAGCCCACCCCUGACCCGGAAGGGGACCGGGUUCGAGCAGAAAUGCCCAACCAGCUUCGCAAGCAAUUGGAGGCGAUCAUAGCUACUGAUCCACUUAACCCUCUCACAGCAGAGGACAAAGAAUUGCUCUGGCACUUUAGAUAUGAAAGCCUUAAGCACCCAAAAGCAUAUCCUAAGCUCUUUAGUUCAGUGAAAUGGGGACAGCAAGAAAUUGUGGCCAAAACAUACCAAUUAUUGGCCAGAAGGGAAGUCUGGGAUCAAAGUGCUUUGGAUGUUGGAUUAACAAUGCAGCUCCUGGACUGCAACUUCUCAGAUGAAAAUGUAAGAGCCAUUGCAGUUCAGAAACUGGAGAGCUUGGAGGACGAUGAUGUUCUGCAUUACCUUCUACAGUUGGUACAGGCUGUGAAAUUUGAACCAUACCAUGAUAGCGCCCUUGCCAGAUUUCUGCUGAAGCGUGGUUUAAGAAACAAAAGAAUUGGUCACUUUUUGUUUUGGUUCUUGAGAAGUGAGAUAGCCCAGUCCAGACACUAUCAGCAGAGGUUCGCCGUGAUUCUGGAAGCCUAUUUGAGGGGCUGUGGCACAGCCAUGCUGCACGACUUUACCCAACAAGUCCAAGUAAUCGAGAUGUUACAAAAAGUCACCCUUGAUAUUAAAUCACUCUCUGCUGAAAAGUAUGAUGUCAGUUCCCAAGUUAUUUCACAACUUAAACAAAAACUUGAAAACCUGCAGAAUUCUCAACUCCCCAAAAGCUUUAGAGUUCCAUAUGAUCCUGGACUGAAAGCAGGAGCGCUGGCAGUAGUGUCUUUUGAUGCCCAGAUUCUACGAAUCAUGGAGUCCAUUUGGGAGACUGAAUCUUUGGAUCUGUGCCUCCUGCCAUAUGGUUGCAUUUCAACUGGUGACAAAAUAGGAAUGAUCGAGAUUGUGAAAGACGCCACAACAAUUGCCAAAAUUCAGCAAAGCACCGUGGGCAACACGGGAGCAUUUAAAGAUGAAGUCCUGAAUCACUGGCUCAAAGAAAAAUCUCCUACUGAAGAAAAGUUUCAGGCAGCAGUGGAGAGAUUUGUUUAUUCCUGUGCAGGCUACUGUGUGGCAACCUUUGUUCUUGGAAUAGGCGACAGACACAAUGACAAUAUUAUGAUCACAGAGACAGGAAACCUAUUUCAUAUUGACUUUGGGCACAUUCUUGGGAAUUACAAAAGUUUCCUGGGCAUUAAUAAAGAGAGAGUGCCAUUUGUGCUAACCCCUGACUUCCUGUUCGUCAUGGGAACUUCUGGAAAGAAGACAAGCCUACACUUCCAGAAAUUUCAGGACACCUGUGUUAAGGCUUAUCUAGCCCUUCGUCAUCACACAAACCUACUGAUCAUCCUGUUCUCCAUGAUGCUGAUGACCGGAAUGCCCCAGUUAACAAGCAAAGAAGACAUUGAAUAUAUCCGGGAUGCCCUCACAGUGGGGAAAAAUGAGGAGGAUGCUAAAAAGUAUUUUCUUGAUCAGAUCGAAGUGUGCAGAGACAAAGGAUGGACUGUGCAGUUUAAUUGGUUUCUACAUCUUGUUCUUGGCAUCAAACAAGGAGAAAAACAUUCAGCCUAAUACUUUAGGCUAGAAUCAAAAACAAGUUAGUGUUCUAUGGUUUAAAUUAGCAGAGCAAUCAUUGAACUUGGAUUUCAAAUGCAAUACACAUUGUGAAAGCUGGCAUUUCAGAAGUAUAGCUCUUUUCCUACCUGAACUCUUCCCUGGAGAAAAGAUGUUGGCAUUGCUGAUUGUUUGGUUAAGCAAUGUCCAGUGCUAGGAUUAUUUGCAGGUUUGUUUUUUCUCAUUUGUCUGUGGCUUUGGAGUGUACUCUCGGUUUAAACAGACUAAUGACUUCCUUAUUGUCCCUGAUAUUUUGACUAUCUUACUAUUGAGUGCUUCUGGAAAUUCUUUGGAAUAAUUGAUGACAUCUAUUUUCAUCUGGGUUUAGUCUCAAUUUUGGUUAUCUUUGUGUUCCUCAAGCUCUUUAAAGAAAAAGAUGUAAUCAUUGUAAGCUUUGUCUCAUUCCUUAAAUGAUGGUUCCAAACAGCUCCUUAGUGUCUGCAGGUGUUAGUGGUGUGCUAAAAGCAAGGAAAGCGAGUUAGUCUUUUCAGUGUCUUUUGCAAUUAAGUUGUUUUAUCACGUACAACUAAAACACACAAACACAACAGAGGAAAUCCGAACCGCUGUGCCUUGACCUUCCUCUGCUGGUCUUGUUCCAGGUUAUGAAUAUGAAAAAAGAGAGAUGAGGCUUUUUGUGUCAACUCUGUCCACAAGAGUGAGUUAUCUAGUAUGAUUAGUAUAGCUUUCUCCUGCAUGGCAGCAGGUUGAAACUACAGGGCCCCUUUUAUGCCUGACAUUUCUUCUCUUCCUUUUUCCCUGCCUCCCUUUUUCAUCAAUUGCGAUGCUCCCACAACUCUUUACAGACUUGUGGAAUCUUCAAGAACACUUUUACUCUAGAACUCAAAAAUUAGUUGAAAAAGAAUUAUUUCUCAAGAAUUAUUAGAAUCUUAGGUACUUAUUUGUAAAGAUGUUUAGUGAUUUUUUUAAGUGUCUUAUUAAAGGAGGCAUUCUAGAAAAUAUGAAUUAGUUUCCAAAUACCUUAAUUUUAAACUUUGACCUGAACAGUUUCUUCUUUUUUUAAUGGAAGAAGAUAUUUGAUAUCUUAAAACUAUUCCAAGUUAGGAAGAACACUACUUGUCUUAUCCAUUUCCCAUUUAAAGGACUUUUAAACUUUGACACAUCCUUCAGAUUUCCUAAAAAUAAUUGAGAUAUCUUACUUUAAAAAUAUUUUCAUCUCUUAAAUAUCUUGUUAUUUAUUGGAGGUAUUGUUUAACCUUAGAGAGACCAUUAAAUUAUUUAUAAAAUAUUUUGUAAUUACCUGUAGUUAAUACAUUACAUAGAAAAAAACUCUAUGUUAACAGUGUCUAUGUUUAAAUAUAAUCAGAUAUAAAUAUAUACUUAAUUUUUUAAUUUUAAAAAUAGAUACCUGUUUGACUUUGAGGUAGUCCGGACUUUUUUUUUUAAUGUGUGCAAAAGCCCAGUGGUUCCUAAGCCUGGCUGCAAAGAAAAAUCCACAGGGACACUUUUUAAAAACACCCUUAUCAGCCUGGGCAACACAGUGAGACCCCAUCUCUUUAAACAAACAAACAAACAAAAAGCUGGGUAUAGUGGUGUGUGCCUGUAGUCCCAGGUACUCGGGAGUCUGAGGCAGGAGGAUUGCCUGAGCCCAAGAGGUGGAAACUGCAGAGAGUCAUGAUCAUGACCCUACACUCCAGACUGGAUGACAAAGCGAGACCCUGUCUCAAAAAAAAUAAAAAAUAAAAACACCCUUGACUGAGUUCCAUUCCCAGGUUGUAAUUUAAUUACUGUGGGAUGAGGCCCAGACAUCAAUAUUUUUCUAGAUUCUUUAGGUGAUUCUAAUUCACAGCCAGAGCUGGAAGCCCUGCGUGGCCUUUGAAGGUCUAGAUGAUUCUUCUUCCUUGCCCUUUGAGUUUUUUCCCGUCUCACAGGUAUCUAGAAAAAAACUCCUCUUCUUUGGCAACCUGUCUGUCCUUUUAAAAUCACACUCUACCCGCCUGUACGGAGGACCAU